ACAUAGAGACACAUCACAUGUCUGAAUACAUGUGAUUUAUUGGGCGGUUCUAUCACGAGAUUAUCAUAUUUACAGAAAGAUUUACUUUGGUCGCCUCUGUAUUGAGCUCCCAGCAGACUGAUUUCAGUUAGAGCGUUGGAUUUGUCGUGGUUUUGUUUUUUUUAAACAGGUAAAUGGACUGAGGAGGAGGAGAGGCGUCUCACCGAGGUCGUCUACGAGAUGGCGGGCGUGUCGCCGGGGUCGGCGGUCACAGCAGGCGUUUCCUGGGCGACGGUCGCCGAUCAGGUUCGCACGCGCUCAGAGAAACAGUGUCGGUCGAAAUGGUUGAACUACCUGAACUGGAAACACAGCGGAGGAACGGAGUGGAUGAAGGAGGACGACCUCAACCUCAUACGCAGGAUAUCGGAGCUGGAAGUGGAGGAUGAGAAUGAAAUCAGGUGGGAGGAUCUCGCAGGCGGGUGGAGCAGCGUCCGAUCGCCUCAGUGGCUGCGAUCUAAGUGGUGGAGCAUCAAGAGACAAGUAGCCAAUCACAAGGAGAUCCCCUUCAGCGUGCUCCUGAAGGGUCUCCAGGAGCUGAUGGCGUCAUCGCAGACAUCGUCCGGGCCGGGAAGUCCCUCCUCCUCCUCCUCCUCCUCCCUCCAGAUUCGACUCACCCGAUUGGAGGAGAGCAGUGGCAGCCCCGCCCCCGGCUCCGUGGCCGCGCUGCAGAUUCCCUUACAGAUCCCGCUGCAGAUCACACACAUGGCCUCAGAUUCGUCAGCAGCAGCCAGCGACAGUGAAACCAUCACUCUAAACACAGGAGCCCUGCAGACCUUCGAGAUCCUGCCUUCCUUCCACCUGCAGCCCACCGGCACCCCGGGGACCUACUACCUGCAGACGACGUCCAAUCAGGGCCUGCCGCUCAGCCUCUCCACCAGUCAGGGCCUUCCGCUCGGCUUAGCCAAUAACAGCACGGUUACCCUGACGACAGGCUCCUCUCCCUCAUUGCAUGAACACAUCAUCCUUCACAGCCUGUCGACGGACGGCCUCUGCUCCGGCGACGGCGUCAUCAUCCAGACAGUCACCUCUGACCCUCUCAGCCAAUCACAGCUGGUCGUGGAGACAGAGGGGCAGAGCCAGAACGACAGCCUCGACGCUACAAGUCUCCUGGAGGGUUCAGAGAACGCUGUCACAGAAACUCAGGAGCCAAUUACAGGCGGCUUCACCGACAAGGAGCUGAGCUCCCCAGUGGAGGGUCCAGUGGUGCAUUCUGGGAUAACAUCUGGCAGCGCCGUGCUGAUUGUGUCUCCUCCCAACAUCAGCAGCACUCUGACAGAUCCGAUCUUGGAGAACCAGGAAGGCUCCGACUGAGCUGGACGUCCAUCACGUCAGAUGGUGAUUAAAGGCUGGACCAAAGGAGGAGGCUGCUUCCUGUCUCUUUCUUCCUCUGAUCCUGCUGAAUUCCUGGACAGGACGCCACCACCAACAAAGACACAACCUGUCUGCUUCAAAGACUCCUCUCCUGUUAAAAACGGACUUGCGUGUUUGUAAAUGAAACAGAACUUGAGAAUCUGUGUGAAGCUUAACAUGUUUAAAGCUUCAUACUCGAACCCCUGGAUGAAAUGUGAGCCCUUGCAGCCUCUGCUCGUGCCAAAGAGACCCUGAAGGCUGGGAGGGAUCUGAACUGACCCUUUUCCCUUAAAAUAAAAUGAACAGUUAAUAAUGUAAACAUGAAUUUGAACGAUUCAUGCGAUUAUAAAAAUAAACUAUUUCAAUUUGUGUCACUUUA